AUGAAGAGCGAGCACAUUAGACGAAGUUCUUUAGCAGACCUAUUUCUUGACACGCCUUUAUGCAAUGCACAUACAACAGGAACAGAUAUACUAUGGGCAAGUCUUCCUAUGGUUACUCUGCCUCUCGAGAAAAUGGCUACUAGGGUUGCUGGCUCACUCUGUCUCUCCACUGGGCAGGGAGACGAGAUGAUUGUCAACAGGUGA